AUUUAGUUGCUGCUUUGAGGAGACUUGGUUUACACACAGAAAAGCAAUUACUUACUACUACAUGAUUUGAUUAUUGAUUAUUGAUAAUAUCUCUCAAUUCAUCCAUGUUGUUGUUUUCUUGUUCAACUCUUGUUCCUUCUCAACAACAAUCAUUCAUAGUUUCCUCCUCUUCCUUUGUACGUCGUAGUCGCCGCCGCCGCAAACGUCAAAACAAACUCAAACACUCCUCAGAACCCAACCUCUUCUUCAGAACCACCCCCUAUUCAGAACCCAAGCUCGAAACCGUCAUAGACCUCCCUUCCUUCCAUUCCAAUGUUCGUCAAUUCCUUUCCUCCGCCACAGAUGCAUAUCACGAUUUACAGACCCUAUUCACUCUCGACGAUAACCGCAAACUUGUCGUUUCAUGUCGCCCUUCUACCUUACACUUCGUAGGAACUUCAGCGGUUUUCACCCUCCUCGUUUUUUCUGUUAUGAGAGUAUUGCUUCAAUUGGUUUCUAGAUUUGCGUGGUGGAGUCGAAACGCCUCUAGCAAUAACAAGACUACUAUGGUGCGUAGAGACCGUAGUCUUGGGGGAAAAGAGGUGGUUGUUGGAUUGGGUCCAAUUCAUCACAAUAAUAAUAAUAGGAGCACCUCUGCAUCAUCAUCAUCAUCAUCAUCAUCAUCAUCAUCAUCAUCAUCAUCAUCAUCAAUUAAGCGUUCUUUGAAGAUUAAUAAUAAGAUUAUGUCUCAAAGGAAAUUGCCCAAAUGGUGGCCAACUGUUAAUAAUAAUAAUAAUAACAAUAACGCCAAUGCUUUUGAUUUGGAUGUCAAUCAGCAAGACCAAUACAAGACGGAUGCUUACAGACUCGUUCGAGCAAUUAUCGACAGUAGAAUGGCCGCACAAGACAUCUCCCAGAACGAUAUCAUUCAAUUACGUCAACUGUGCAGAAAUUCUGGUGUGAAAGUGUCUGUUGAACCAACAAAUAUGCGGGACUCCUUGUAUCGAGCAUCUGUUAAUUUUGUUUUAGAUGCUUGUAGCAGUGCACCGACUUACUCUACUUCAGUUCAUAUUAAUGGUGAGGAUUCUCAACAAUUCCUUGCUGGAUUUGCUGAAAACAUUGGCCUUGAAUAUGUUCGUGCCGCAACAAUUGUGUCUGCAGCUGUGGCUGCACGCACACGCUCUUGUCUUUUGCAGGCUUGGGCUCUGGAAAUGCAAGGCAAACAUGUUGAAGCUUUGGGAGAACUGUCAAAGAUAUGCCUACUUCUACGAAUAUUUCCUCCCGAGGAAUCUUCGCCUGAAAUGGAGAUGGUUAGUCGGGGACUAGAGAAACACUUGAAAUUAGAACAAAGAAAACACCUUAUGUUUCUCUUUGGUCAAGUUUGCAGCGAGGACAGUCAUGGGAUUGCAAGAGAAGCCCUUGGUUUGAUCCAUUCUCAAAAUCAUGGCGCCGGUCAACUUGAAGACAACAUAGCAUAGCACCAUGAAAGAUAAUAUCUGCCUACAUAUACUUUAGAAUGCAUUAUUCUUUUAGAAUAUUUUCUGUUUAUGCAAUAAUAAUAUUUAGAUGGUUGGUUUAUUUUAGUGAUGUAUAAUAAUAAUAAUAAUAAUAAUUUCUAUUGAAUAAAAUAAUAAUAAUAGUAAUUAUCAUAAUCAUCAUUAAAA